AUUAUGUUUGUGUUGCUACAGAUGUGUAGGAUCCUCCAGCACCUGUGUAACCUUCAGCUGAGACACAGAGUGGAGUCCAUCAUCUCCUUCUCAGACCAGUUUGUAGGGGACUGUCAAAACGAUCAGCUGAGGCGAUACCAGGAAAUCAAACAGUCCAAUCUGUCAUCUGCUGUAACAGCCAGGAUCACCAAAGAGUUCCGAUGUCCACCUCAUGAACAGAUGAGGAACUUGCUGGCCUUCAAGACUGAGGAAGAUGCUGACCCUAACAUGCCUUGUCCGUGCCGAGAAGACCUGAAGGACAGACUGGUGACUUUCCAUGAAAACCUGCUCAAUCACUGCGCCAUGCCUACCAAGCCAGAGGACAAUGAGGGUGGGGAGAUGUCACCAGAGGAACAGGUGGCACAACCAUCUUCUACUGUGGGAGAGAAACUCCUUAAGUUGGUAUGGAAGUCAAAGGAGGAGGAGCAGAAGCCAGAAGUGUCCCAGCCGACGGAUGGUAAGAUAGGUAAUGCAUGUGUGUUUUCACAGCGAUUUUGUGUACUCACCGCACGCCUUAGGCAUAGUGGUAGUCAGCUGGCCAGCAGCAAGCUAGCUUUGUGAUUAGAGAGCCAACUCUGCACCUGCUUUGAUGAAUUAUCAACACUGCUGUCUUGAUCAUUCAAAGGCUUGGACUCUAUACCCAACUUCAAUCAAAGGCUUGGAUCACCUGGAGCUUCACUUAUGCACCUGCACUGGUAUUUCACAUUGGCUUUUUCUCAAAGAAAUAGUGUCACUUUCAAAAGCUAGAUGCAAAUUUUCACUGAUACCAAGUAAAGAUUUCAAUAAUAUGUCUUUCUCUAUUUUCAUAUUUCUUAUCUAGAAAACUAUAUUUUUGCACCUUAUAGAA